CUGGCUGAGGGGGUGAGUGCUCGGAUGAAGACCUCUUUUUGCCGUGACUCUCUGCUCCAUCGGGGCAGCUGGGAGACUUGGAGGCUUUGAAAUUGUAACGAGCCAAGAGAAAAGGAAGAAGAGAAAGAGACACGCAUACAAAAGGAUUUAUUUCCUAUUCGUUAGUGGAUUGUUAAACGUGAGUGGGAAGGAGAAAAAAAAACCAAGGGUGGGUUCUUUUAUUUUGUUCCAUUUUUUUUUCCUUAAAAAAAAAAAUCCCUUAAGUGGAUUUGUCCCAGGGUGGAAGGUAACUGGGGAUUUUUCUUGUUUGUUCUGGGAAUAGAAACUAAAAAAUGGAGACUGUAAGUAGAAGCAGCUUCCAGCCUCAUCCAGGACUGCAGAAGACCUUGGAACAGUUUCAUCUGAGCUCUAUGAGCUCCCUGGGUGGCCCUGCUGCUUUCUCAGCACGAUGGGCACAGGAGAUGUACAAGAAAGACAAUGGCAAAGACCCAGCGGAACCUGUACUGCAUCUGCCCCCUAUCCAGCCUCCUCCGGUAAUGCCUGGUCCCUUCUUCAUGCCCUCGGACCGAUCCACAGAGAGGUGCGAGACCAUCCUGGAAGGGGAAACCAUCUCCUGCUUCGUGGUGGGUGGAGAAAAGCGGCUUUGCUUGCCCCAGAUCCUGAACUCCGUGCUCAGGGAUUUCUCCCUGCAGCAGAUUAAUUCGGUGUGUGAUGAGCUGCAUAUUUACUGCUCCAGAUGCACUGCUGACCAGCUGGAAAUCCUCAAAGUCAUGGGCAUCCUGCCCUUCUCUGCUCCUUCCUGCGGGCUCAUCACUAAAACUGACGCUGAGAGGCUUUGUAACGCCUUGCUUUAUGGUGGCACCUAUCCUCCCCACUGCAAGAAGGAAUUCUCUAGCACAAUUGAGCUGGAGCUUACGGAGAAGAGCUUCAAGGUGUAUCAUGAGUGCUUUGGGAAGUGUAAGGGACUCUUGGUGCCAGAGCUUUACAGUAACCCCAGCGCAGCCUGUAUCCAGUGCUUGGACUGCAGGCUGAUGUACCCGCCUCACAAAUUUGUGGUCCACUCUCACAAAUCGCUGGAAAACAGGACUUGCCACUGGGGCUUUGACUCUGCAAACUGGAGAUCCUAUAUUCUCCUCAGCCAGGAUUACACUGGGAAAGAGGAGAAAGCGAGACUGGGCCAGCUCUUAGAUGAAAUGAAAGAAAAAUUUGACUAUAACAACAAAUACAAGAGGAAAGCCCCCAGGGUCUCUUCAGAUCCUCCUGCUUCCAAAAAGCCCAAAAUAGAUGACUCUGCUUCCCAAUCUCCAGCUUCUACCGAGAAGGACAAACAGUCCAGUUGGUUACGGUCCUUAUCCAGUUCGUCCAAUAAGAGCAUCGGCUGUGUCCAUCCCCGCCAGCGUCUCUCGGCGUUCCGGCCCUGGUCCCCCGCCGUGUCGGCCAGCGAGAAGGAGCUGUCCCCACACCUCCCCGCCUUGAUCCGAGACAGUUUUUACUCCUACAAAAGCUUUGAGAAUGCUGUGGCCCCCAACGUGGCACUUGCACCUCCAGCCCAACAGAAAAUGGUGAGCAACCCGCCGUGUGCCACAGUGGUGUCCCGGAGCAGCGAGGCGCCGAGCAGCACCAGCCAGCCACGCAAGAGGAAACUGGCUGCAGAGCACACGGCUGUCCCCGAGGCAGCAGCCACUGCUGCGGCCGCUGUCACUGCCACCGAAGAGGAUAAGGAAUCGGAAGCAGAAAUUGAAGUAGAAACCAGGGAAGAAUUCACCUCCUCCUUAUCCUCGCUGUCCUCCCCAUCCUUCACUUCAUCCAGCUCUGCCAAGGACAUGAGCUCACCUGGGAUGCAACCCCCAGUCACAGUCAGCAGUUCAUAUGAGGCUGCAGCACAUCCUGACUCCCACAGCAGCGGGUUGGAAGCUGAGCUGGAGCACCUAAGGCAGGCCCUGGACAGUGGCCUAGAUACAAAAGAAGCCAAAGAAAAAUUCCUCCAUGAAGUUGUUAAAAUGAGAGUGAAGCAGGAAGAGAAGCUGAAUGCUGCCUUGCAAGCCAAACGCAGUCUACAUCAGGAGCUGGAGUUCCUAAGAGUGGCUAAGAAAGAGAAACUGAGAGAAGCAACAGAGGCGAAGCGCAACCUAAGGAAAGAGAUUGAACGUCUGAGAGCUGAGAAUGAGAAGAAAAUGAAGGAAGCCAACGAGUCUCGGAUACGACUGAAGAGGGAACUGGAACAAGCCAGGCAGAUCCGGGUGUGUGACAAGGGCUGUGAGGCAGGCAGGCUCCGCGCCAAGUACUCAGCCCAGAUUGAGGACCUCCAGGUGAAGCUUCAGCACGCAGAGGCUGACAGGGAGCAGCUCCGAGCAGACCUGAUGCACGAAAGGGAGGCGCGAGAACACUUGGAAAAGGUAGUCAAGGAACUUCAGGAACAACUGUGGCCUAAACCCAGCAGCCAGCCCGGCAGCGAGAGCACAGCCAGCAGCAUGGAGAACUGAGCCACCCCCGGCAUCUGCUGCACCCCAGAAUGACAUAUAUGCACAGUAAGGGAGGAUGUGUGGGUACGCGUGUAAGUGCAUGUGUGAGUUGUGUCUUGGCACACAGAUCUAGGAAUCUGGAUUCUUAUUAGUUGAAGGCAAAUGUUACUCUUUAUAACAGAAGCACUGAAUUACGCCUCUUUUUUUUUUCCCAAUCCAUAUAGCACAACAUCUUACUGUGCCUAUAAAACACAAAGUGUUUAUAAACAAAAUACUUUUGAGUCCACAGCAAAUUUUCUACUGGCAAACUCCAAGCAAGCAGCAUCGUCCAACUACAACCAGAGCCAAAGGCAGGGGCAGGGUUUUUGUGUUGCCCUUCUGCCUGUGGGACAUUUUGGAAUUUAAAAAACAAACAAACUUUUGUUCUAAGCUAUUUAAAGUAAUUAAUUACACAGACUUGGUAUUAAAAAUUAACAAGAUUUUUAUAAUGAACCUUUAAAAGCAAAACAAAGAAACCUUCGCUGCACAAUUUUUAAUGACUUGUUCUAGGCUUUGGGGCUCUUAAUGGAGAAGCCCUCUGGUGAUAAUGCCAUUUCUUAGCAGUUUUCCAGCCAUCCAGGAAGCCAUCCCAGAUUUAAUCCCGUCUCGUGGGGAUUUCAGAAUUUCAGAGUGCUUGUCAAAGUUAAUUUUUUCCUUACAAAGAAUCUUCUUCAUUUCAUGUCCCGAACUCCAGGAGAAAGGAAGACGCAGGAUUGGACCGGGGGGGAGGGAGGGAGGGGAGGCGCGUGCUUGCGGAUGACAGACCCGGCCUGACCCACUUCAGUGUCUGUAAAUCAUGCCACCUUUUUCUAAAGACAUCCUCACUAAUUGGUGUGUUGGAAAGACUCACUCCAUCCAAGAGCACUUCAGCUUUAGGAAAAGAAGGAAGGAAAUGGAUGGUCUGAUAAGUGGGUUGAGAAAUGAAGCAGAAGAUACGUGCGUUUCGAAGUCAUUCUGAAAUCUUACUUCAGCUUUCAGUUUCCUGGACGCCUCACCGUUGCUGCACCAUCUUACCAUAAACUCAGUAUUUACCUGCUUUUCCUCUGAACUGUCAGUCGGGGUUUCUGUGCCCAAGGAGAGUGCAACGUCGCAGUAUCGGAUACACCAGAGAAAACCAACCCUCUUGCUGCUGUGAAUAAGCCUCCAUCUUUUUGAAAAAGAACUUUUUUGUUUCCAAAAAGAGAAAUUACUUUAAUUUUGGGAUCCAAGCCGCAGCCCUGGCAGCAGAAUGCAGCAUGGCCUCACUUUGUCUUACUGCUGGUGCUGGUGGUUUUUUGUUUUUAAACUGCACUUUGUCAGAAUCUUACUCUGUGUUUUAGCCCAUACUUCUAAAGUUUACAAGUUGAGCAUUCUAGAUUCUACCCUGCCUCACAGAUGUGAAAAUCAUCAACCCAGCUUUCCACCGUGUGACACUUCAUCAUCACUUACAUUUAUGCAACACGAGGAUUCAGCAGGUAUGGAAUGCGCCCGCGGCACCGCUGUGGUGUGGCUCUGUGUUGGGAAGCCAUAGCGAUGCUCCCCGAAGUGCUCCAUGAAUACAGUUGGUGCUUUACUGAACAAGAGAAAAGUUCUUUUCACUCGUUAACACUCACCUCUUGCACACUCAAGCUUAUCAGCGGAAAGUGAAGAUGUGAUCUGGGGCUGCAGAUGUGCCUUCCAGCUCAUUGUUCCUCAGCAUCUCCUGGAGCCAACGCUGACACUUUUUUUUUUUUACCUUAAAGAAUAAAACAAGGAAAAAUUUAAAAAAAAAAAAAGGAGCAAAGCCUAUGCAUCAUCAUAGCCAGGAGUCACACCAAGAAACAGAUUCCAGUAAUCUUUAUUUGCUUUUGGACAUUAAUGCAAGCUCUGUAAGCUUCAAAUUUCUUUCCCAGUAGACAGAAAGCGGCUUCCAAUCCUAAAGUUACAGUAUUUACUUACAGCACAUUACAAAGACUUCUUUUUUUUUUCAAACAAGAGCUGUUUGCUUGAAACCAUUAUAAUAACCAUUAUAAUAACUGUGAGCAUUAACAGAGAAGUUCAUAUAUACGUUUUAGGUACAAAAAGAAGAAAUAUGAAAGGAGUAGAAUUACUGGGACAAUGUAAAACUGUUGGGAGCAAGAACCAGUUACACCGAGUCCAUGGGAGGAAACUGUCCGUUCCUGCGGGGGUCGGCCCCGAGUGUUUGGGAUGUGGGAGACCAAGUCUAGAUGCAGAUCUCCUCUUCUAAAGUGCAAUGCAAAAGGAAUUUUGAUGAUGCUUCAGCAGGUGUUUUUAUGUGAGGUUUUUUUUUCUUCUUUGUAUGUUUUUUUCUGCGAUUAUUAAAUCAUAUGCAUGGAAUUAAAAUUCUGCCAUACGUAUACUCAUUAAUGGGCAUUAUUACUGUCUUAUGUAAAGGGUUUGUUUUGUUAUGCAGUAUGCAUAAAAAUGUUCUCAGCCUUAUGAUUUCCAGAUCUGUAUUAAUUACUUAUUUCUUCAAGGGAAACUAAAUAAUUUUAGCUUGGGUUGAUCACUGUGCAUUUCAAGUCUCCUACGCUGUGCUUUACUGCCACGGUAAGAAAUUACACAUAGAACAACCGUACUGCCACCCCCCUGUGCGCUUUUGGAAGCCUCACUUUGCAUGUUUGCUUUGUCUGGGGUUUCUCCCCUGAUCUUUCAGUGUGUCUUCCCCCUUCUGACUCCACAGCAAAUGGCACCGUGUCCAUCUCCACCCGCUUUUUCGCAGGACGAGCACCCACUUACCUGUGGCCCAGGACGUGGCUCUUUGCUGUUGCUCUAGGGAAGCACACUGAUGCACUGGCACGAUUUCUUCUGUGCACCUGAUGCUUUUUAUCCGCCCAAAUUCAUGAAAUCUGUGAUUUUUUUCAAAGAAAGAACAGUGAAUAGUUUUAUGGGUAGUAAAUAGUCCUGUCAGCCACCUGUGCUUCCCACCCAAAGGGGAUGAGACGUGCAGGACAGAAGUCUCCACUGCUGUUACAAACCCAUGGCUUCUUCUUUUGCCUGUGUUGUGGUAAUUCUAUAAAGUUUAGUAGAUCACAAAAAUAUAUCCCACUCUUGGAAGUUAAUACUCAACAGGAUUCAAUCCUGGGGAGCAAAAACUUCCUGGUAACAACAUCUUUGUAAUUUAGUGAUUAAAUAAGAUGACCCGCCAAGCGUCCCACGCCAGCAGCAGGCCACCAGGAGAGGCUCCCAGGAUAGGAGCCCACCUGAGAGAAUUCUCUCUUCCCUAAAUACAUCUUAUCAAUAAAAGUCUGUGGAAUACAGAAUUUCUUUCCAGUUCCCAAUUCCUGCUCCCACCCUGAGUCCUGCAUUGCCUGGAGAUGGACAGCGAGACACUAAUUGUAGAACGGGGCUGGCAGAGCCGGGGCAGCCGCAAAGUCUCUGGUGCAGGUGCUUACGGUGAGGAGGUUCUGUGUGUAAUUUCUGUGUCUGCAGCGCUUCAGCAGAGCGAGUGUUGGCCUGUUCAGAUGGAACUGCUUUUCUUUUGCCAUAGCCUUGGUCCCUGCUGCAUUCCAUUUGCACUCCAACCUGUGAGUGAGGAACUGUAAAGUCGCAUCUUCUCAUUUCAUCCGCUCUUUAGUUUCCUUUAAGAAGUUCAAGGGGAGAAGAGGUGUUUCACACAGGCUGUUGACUCUCCCUGUACUAAAAGAAAUAUAUUACUCAGUACUUGUAUAUUCAGUUUAAAUACUCAUUGUUUCUAUUACUGAAAGAAGACUUAACGAAGGGAAAAAACCAACAGCAAUAACAUUCAUAUCUCUGGAGCAGCUAACUCGUAUACAUAAUAUUCUGCUUUUCAAACAGAACUAGCCAAUGUAAAAAAAGUUAAAAGUAAAUUCAACAUGUAAAUACUUUUUUUCCUUUUACACUGUUGUAUUAUAAGUGUAUAUGGUGUUUACUUUUUCAAAACUCUUUCUUACUGGUAGUUGUCUUGUUUUAUGAGUUGUGUUUUUAACUAAGAAGAACCUUUGCUGUCUGUUAGGAAAAAACAACACGAGAUCUUUUUGCAAGUUCUAACCGUGGGUUACCCCUCUCCAUCCCCCGCAUUGGAUUAGUCCUUAUUUUCACUGUAAAGUAUUUUAUUACCAAAAGGUUUUCUUUCCAUUCUGCCCUCUCCUCAGUCCAUGUGUUUUAGAGACAAGUUUUUUUGUUGCUUUGAUUGUUUUUUUUGUUGUGGUUUUUCUUUUUUUUUUAAAUCAAAAGAACUCACAGAAAUGACAUUUUUUCAAUUGAAGAAAAAUAAAUCUUUACAUUUAUAAUAGCCAAUAGCAUUUCAGCACAUUUUUGUUAUCCUGGUCUCUCCUAUGCUGCUGCUAAUGACAAUAUUAUGACUUACUCUACUAUUCUAGAACUAUUUUUAUGUAAGUAAUGUAUGCUUUCUUGUUUAUAAAUGCCUGAUUUAAAAAAAAAAUAAGAAAAAAGCUUGGCAUAUUUAUCUAUUUCGCUGUGUACCUUGAUAGUCCUUUUCCACCCCCUUUUCCACAUCCCCUCCCCUUGAAGCAGAUAAUAUUGUAAAAUAAAGGACUUUAUGAGAUUAUGUAUGAAAAUAGCUAUGCUUAUAUACCACAGUGACUGAAUGUACAGUGUAUAGACGCAUUACCUAAAAUAAAAUUGUU